UCCCACAUCUUUCAAACUCCACGCCCCCAGUUUGUAACAUCUUUAUUUUUAUAAUGUGUAGUCUCCAAACCCAGAUAAUCCUAAUGACAUCAUCAUGGUCUUCUCAGACUUAAAACUCCCCCCAGGGCCGCAGAAGACAUUAUACAACUGUUUUAUAGGCCACCUAUACUAAACAGAUGUAGGCUAACUGUCUUAACCACACCAUGCCAAAUGCACUUCCUGACAAAUUGAACGCUCUUAUUUUGAAAGCAGCAUACGCUGUGUUCCGGUAUUGUGUCCGCGCACUGAUGCAGCUGCCGGCAGAGAUGGAGAGCGCUCUGCGGUCGCAGUAGGACAGCAGACUUCACACACAGCGCGCGUAGCCCACACACUGAAACGGACACAGUGAGACGCGUUAAGGGCAAAAAAAAAAUCUCUGUUUCCUUAUCGAUCCCCGCAGCCUCCAGCAGGCUCAUGGAGAGCGGAGCCCUGCUUGUCCGCACCGGGGGCACGUUGAUCGGAUGCCUUUCACCACACCAGCGCCGUUAGAUGCUUUCCAUUCAGGAUUAAUUGGUUGACCAAUGGCUCCCAAACAUGCGCUCCUCUCCAGCCGCAGCAGCAGUGGCCCCGGGGUUGGAGGGGUAAAUAAUAAUGGAGACCCCCGCUCUUCCUCUCCGACGGCAUGGAUCCUGGAUGCGGGGAUGGUGGUCGUCUGUUCGCCGAGGAACGGGAAGAGGACGCGGGCGCUGGAUGGGAUGCUGGCCCGGUGGUUUGUGACCAUCAGCGCGGUGCUGAUGCUGAUGAUGCAGAGCUCCUUGGCCGCUGACGCUGAGGGAGGUCACCAUGAGUCAAUGAGACGGGCUGACCCUGCAGCGCCCUCCAACCUCUCAGCCACCCCCGGGACUGGAGACAGAGCUGGGGCUAAAGACAAAGAUGCAAUGGAUGGGACUGACGCCGGUCCUGGAGCUGGACCCAAAGCUUGGCCUGAGGGUAAAGUGUUUGCUGAGGCCAGAACAGCGGUUUGGAUUGAAACAGAAGCAGGAGCGCGUGCUGUGGCAGGUGGCAAAGUCUUUGCCAAGACUGGGAUUAUGACGGGAACCGGCGCCUGGGCUGAAGUCGGGGCUGAAUGGAGGCCGAUGGAUGUGGAGGCGGGUGACCUGCCAAGCAUGCCCAGGGACCCUGCUGCCUGGCUGGAGCAGCAGAGGCUGCAGAUGCGUGGAGAGGGCCAAAGAGAGCAGACAACCUUCUCAUCAGUCCCCACCAUGCUGGCAGAGACAGCAGAGCUGCAGGCACCAGUGUUAGGAAAACCUUUAGGACUGCUGUCUAAAGCUGCUUGGACCAAAAGCUCCUCUUCAUCGUCAUCCAAGGCCUCCUCCUCUUCUUCCUCCUCCUCUACAGCAAAAGCAUCCUCUUUGCCUUCCUCCUCCUCUUCCUCCUCCUCUCCAGCCAGAAACAGAGACAGUCAGACAGCAGGAUCAGACAAUGUCUCUCUGGUUGUCAACAGCAACUUUUCCAACAGCAACAGCAACUCCAGUUUAGAAGAGUCAGUGAGCAGCCUGCCUGCAUGGGAUCUCCCCACUGUUCCUGAGUCACUCCUGUCCACAGUGGGCGACCACGACGUCACACUUCCUGCCAAUGUCACCAGCCCUUUCUCCACCCACCAAUGGAACACCACCGUACCUGUGCGCACCAGAAACACCUCACGGCACACAACCACAUCAACCACCGCCAUAAACACAUCUUUAUCACCCACCACAACCUCAACUUUACCAUUAUCCACCACGGCUAGAACACAAACACCAUCGGGAUCCACCACAGUUUCUCACACCACAAGCCAGGACACUGUGACCAAUGACAGCCUUCAGCUGACGACAGUAACCACGACAACGCCCUCAACGACCACUCUUACUGUGACCACUGCUGAUAUGAUGACACAGACGGUGACCGCUGGGAGUGCUGUAACAGUACCACCAAAUACCACUGCUGCAACAACCAUGCAGCAAACCACAAGCCUCAAACUGACCACAGUGGCUACAACUCAGCCUACAACCACCACUACAACCACACCUGCCACUACUACCACCAUCACUACUACUACGGUCCCCCCAACCACCACCACCACUACUCCUCCAACCACUACUACAACUACUACACCUGCAACUACUACUACUACCACAACAACCACAACAACAGAGGUACCUGCCACCACUGUGUUCAUCCCGGUCCAAACCACACCGCCUCCCACCACGACCACAGAACCUCCGUCCAGUACCGGUGCAGAGGAAAGUCCUCUACCAUGCAACGUGACCGAGAAGUACUGGGUCAGAACAGUUCUGUCCAUUGAGCUGCGUAGGAACCGCCUGGACCUGAUCCUGAAACAGAACCUCUCUAAAGGACUGAGCCACGCCCUGCAGAGAGCCCUGAAUGACUCCACAGCCUACGCACAGGUGGAACGUGAUGACUGCAGCCCCCACAACGUGACUCUGGGUUACUACGUGACCAGCGGCAAAACUGUCUACAUUUCCUCCCUGGUGGUUGAGUCGCUAAAUGUUUACGGUUUUGACAAGCUGCUGUCGGACAUCAGGCAGCACACCCCAUUGGUUAAGGCAGUUCUGGUUCCCGUGGCAACCUGGGUGCCCACUCCAAGCAUUCAUCUGCAGCUGAAAACAGUGUUGAGAUUCGUCGGCCCAACAGAUAACAUCUACUCCUGCAGUUUUGUCCAGAUGUUGGAGCAGAGGCUGGAGAACGCCUUUGACGAGGCUCAGGACAAAGUGCUGGAGACCUACAACAGGCUCACUGUGGAGAUCCAGAGCGUGUCCCAGGAGCCGGGCUCUCCAUCAGUCUCUCUGGUGUAUGUGGUGAAGAACCAGGAUGCGAAUCUUAAUGGGACGAUCUCCAGUGGCCUCCUCAACCAGCUGACCGCAGAGCUGGUGGGAUACUUUUUGUUCUACCCACCCCUGGUCAUCGCUGAGCCCCUUGAAUACCAUAAUCUCAACACAUCGAUGGCAACCAAGAACUAUUGGGUGAUAACAGUGAUCCAGGAUGUGGACAGCUCCUCCCUGGAGGCCAACUACCAGAGCUUUGCCAGCCUGAUGGAGCAGCGGCUAGCUGAGUUGUUCCUGGUGGCCGGCAGGCAGGGCUCUCGGACGGCACGAUAUCGACGGGCCACCACCGUGGGGGGUUAUACUGUACAGAUGGUGAGCAUGCGUCGACUGCCCGGUCCCAAGAACCCAGCAGAGAUGACAUACUACGUCCAGCUGAACGGAGCACCCGUCACUGGAACCAGCGCUGCCAAGACCCUCAGUAGUCUGGACUCCCAAACUAUGGCUCUGACACUGGGAUACUUUGUACAAGUGCAGGCUGAACCUGUGGUAAAGACGCCGCCCAGCAACCUGUGGAUCAUGGCCGUUCUGACACCUCUCUUCCUGUUGAUGGUGGUGAUCGGCAUGGUGGCCUUCAUUUUGUGCAAGAGGAACAGGGUCAUCUUCAAAACUGGCGCCUUCAGGACCUUCAAAACCCGCUCAAAGACCUCAUAUCGAAGGGAGGGCAGUUACCACCACCAGCCUGUCCAAGGCUUUGACUACGCCAAGAAGCACAUGGGUCGGACUGGUGAUGAGGCUAUCUCUGUUACCAAGGAGACGCUAGUGCUGGGGCUGCCUGUACGAGAUGCUCCACUGUCACUGUCAUUGGAUAAGAAGGUCCACCAGGAUGGGACCGCCAGCAAGAGGCCUCCAUCUGCUGACAUACACAAAGGAGGGCGGUUGCCAAGCGAGGAGGACGGCUCGAUGUCGAGUAACGGCUCCGGGAAGCUGAACACUAGCAAGAGCUCCUCGGCCCGAAGGACAGCGACCGGCAGCAGCAGCAAGAACGGCAAGGAGGAGCUGCACAAGAGGAGCACCAACGAUCCGUAUGAAGACCAUUCAGGCUCUCUGCGUCUCAUCACCAUUAAACCUAUGACGGCCCAGCCAACCUACUCCUACCCCUCCUCCUCGUCCCACAGCCAAGACUCUGUGGUCCUCAACGGGGAUGCAAACCAUGGUGGGUUGAAGCAGAAGUCGGACAUCGAGCACUACAGGAACAAACUACGCCAGAAGGCUCGGAGGAAGGGCUACGGAGAGUUCUCUCUGUCCGAGACUGGCAGCCAUGGUUACAGUCACCGUGACACCAGGCACAGUCGGCACGACAACGGGGUCAAGGAGCCAAUGACCGCUGAGGAGAAGAGGGCCUCCUUCGCUGGUUGUCAUAAGAGGUACUCCCACCCACGGGAGCCCACCUACUGGAGCCGGCAGUCUCUGAGUAGCCCGAGCCCAGUAGAGACGGAGAUGGACUUGCUGGUGCUGAGAGAAAGAUCCAGGAGGGGCAUCCGAAACAACGGCUACGACGGCGAACCAGAACCUUUUGAGGAGACCAACGUGGACCGUCUGAUGAGCUCUCUGGGUUACGGAGGUGGAUCUACUGGCACCGGGAACGGCAGCUUGGGGGUGAAAGCUCACCGCGGCUCCGACUCCUCCACACUCAGCUCUCAGCCAUCCAUUGACGAGGUCCGCACGCAGAUGCAUAUGUUGCUAGGCAACGCCUUUAGCCUGGCACCUCCGGACCACGACCCACCUUCUCCUCCAACCAACAGCCACCACCAUCACCACCACCAUGGUCACAGAGCCUACAACCCGUCCCACACCAGCCACUACAGUGAUGGGGUGACCAGCGCCCCGGGGACCAUGAACCAUCCCUGUGGAGGCAGGCAGAGGAGCACAGGCUACGAGGACAUGCACCAGUGUAGCCUGCCCAAACCAGGUUUCCGGUUCACCCAGCUUCCUGAUAUGGGCAUCGGGUCUCCCCCGCCACUGAUCCCCUCAAGGCCAGGACCACCACCUGGGACCUCGCUACGACGUUCCACACCUGAUGUUAGUCUGAAGCCUCGUGUGUCGGAGGCCUCGGAUCUGCAGGCCCAGCAGCACAACGGUGCCCCGUACCUGCCGCUGUCCAGGACCCCCUUCCCUGCUGUCACUGUCGACCAGUCCAUCACCACCUACUCAGGAAACCCAAUAACAGCAGUCUACGCUAUAUCAGCCAACCGCCCGGGUUACUCAGACUACUUUGUCAUGUCACCGCCGUCCUCGUACCGUAGCCCGUCCUGGAUGUCCUACCCGCCCGAGCCAGAAGACCUGCCACGGCAGUGGAACGACACACCAAACUCACGUCAUCUUGAAACCAUCUGCUGAAGUCGUCUGCCUGUGACACUGAGUGGAAACAGCCAAUAUCUUGGUGUCUCUCUGGAUGGGCAGAGGACCUCUUUCACUUCGGCCCUCCUUCUGUCUGAUUCAUUCAGCACCAGUGGACCCCCCUCUGCUCCCACCUCACCCCCUCUCUCCACUGGCCUGGCCUCCGUCUAUCCUCUCAGCCCGCUUCAUCUGCAGCUCAAAGCGUUUCUCAUCCUCCAGAACUCCUUCAGCCCAUAAGCCCCUUCACCUGGUCAAAGCUCUGCUUCAAUCUCCUUACCAGUUCAAAUAUUCAGCCAUAAUUCUCUCUCUUUCUGUAUUCUCUCUGCUCCCUGAGCCCCUGGCCUCACAGGCCCUUACUGGCCCCUCUGGGCCCCUCAUCACCAUCUCUAUGUAGACUGCCUCUUCUGUGGUGACCACCACUGUACAGUAAGAGGCCCCUCACACUGCUGAACUGAACUGAGCAGAGCUGCGUGAAGCUGUACUGUGCUUCCCUGCGUAAUAACACACGUGUGCAGUGUGGAUGAACAGGGUGAGUACAGUACAUUAUCACAUGCAGUGUGACAUGGGCGACCUUCCAACUAGUUCUCUGCCCCAGCAAUCAUUGUACAGUAACUGCCAUCUGCUCAGCACACGAUGGCACACACAGUGCUGCAUUAUCAGUACAGUAGUGCCCCAGCCAUGGCCAAUGGUCUACUCCUCCUCUGAACUGGACUGGACUGGAUAAUCCUGGACUUGCCCCUAAGGUCCACCAUAAAGCCAGGAAAGCUGGACUGACUUAAAACUGUGCUUUUUUUGAUGAAUCCAAAUUCCUAUGUAAACCUUCUACAGCUGGUUAAUAUGUGUAUUUUAAACUUAAGUGAGAAAAAAAAAUCUAAUGAAAAAGGAAAAAAAAAUCUCUUGUCUUGAGCUGUCUCAAUUUCAGUUUUUGGAUAUUUGUGUGCUUUUGUCUUUUACUUUUGUGCAUUGAUUAUUAUCAAUGGAUUACUGUACAAAAAAGAUGUAGUGAGUGUUUCCCUUUCACUCACCUUAUUUCAAGGCAAAAAAAAAAAAUUACAUUCUUCAAAACAGAGAAAUCGGCGGCUUAGUUGUCUGUGGUUAUGAUGGCAUUUCUGUACUUUUAAAAAGAAUUACUUCGAUUACUUUUUUCCUUCAUCAGAUUCAGUAAUAAAAACAAUAAUUAGUCACUAUGUUCUGUCGAUCAUCUGAUUAUGAAGUUUUUGUCUGCUAACCAUUAGGCAGACCUGGGUCAAAUGUAAUAAUUGAAAUCCUACUCACAUGCAGUUCUGUUUUGUAGCUUUGCAGCUGCUGCAGGGUUUGUUUGACUCUUCACAAAAGUUAAAGAUAAAAACAUUUACCAUAUGAUGACUUGGAUUUGAACUAAUUUCAAUUCUGGUUUGACUCAGGUCUGUUACAGUUAUGUGAACACACCAGUAUUCUUAGAAAAACAGUUGUUUUACUUGAAAGGUGUCUACUGUAUUCUACUGUAUAAGGGAAUUUGACUUUUGGUUAUUUUGGUCUUGAUGAAGAGGGAUAAAUAUUUGGUCACUGGACUUUGGUAGUACUGUUCAAGAGACUUGCCAGGCUCGGAUGAGCCGUAUAUGUAACGAUUAAAUGUAUUACUGUAUAUAGCAGAUGAUUUAAUGAAGAGAUUUAUGCAAGUACUGUGGGAGGGAUACUUCGCAUGACAUUGUUAUGAUGCCAUUUUUAGUUUCACUGCGUUCAUGAUGAAGGCUGGUCAGACUGUUUCUGAAAGUCCUUGACUUUCUGAAGCAUGCACACAUUUCAGUUUCAUCUCUAUCAUCUUUUUCAUUGUAUUACUAACACAAAACAGAAACAUAAUUUAUUACAAAAGAAACAGAUGGAGUAUUUAGAGUGACAUGCAGUAAAAAGACACUUGUUGAGCAGAUCUUACCCUGCAUUCACAGUAUUCUCUAUGUUUGAACAAAGCUAAUAUAGCCAUAAUAGUCAAAAUAAUGCAAUUUUUUAGUGCAAAGAAUGUCAUGGUCUAAAUUAUAUUUGCCCUCAUUUUUUCUGAGGAGAACUGGGAAUCUGUGAGGACACUGUAUGUAAGGCUCCUCAUCAUUUAGAUGGUACUAAAGGAGAUUAUAGCCAUAUAUUAACUUCACCAAGUGGACAUAAAACAGCUAAGAUAUACAGUGUUAUGUUAGAAGUGGCAAAUGAUACCAAAUGAGAGUAUAUUAGAUAGGAAAUAGGUCAAGGAAUACAGAGAUAGUAUAGAUAGAAAUGUAAAGAUAGGAUAGUAAGUAUAGUUUAACAUGAAAUUAGCACUUUUAUAAAGAGGCCAAAAACCUUGUCAGAAAAGAGGCAGAAUCAAUGCAUGAAUGCGGUUGUAAAGCAUGACAUUUUCAGAUUAAACAAAUCUACAAAACAUUUUAGAAAUCCGGUCAACUAAGCCUGAAACUGUAAAUGCAUAAUCAAAGUAAAAGUUUUAAAUAUCCUUUUUCAACUAAAUUAUGAUACACUUUUUUUGGACCCCUAGACGGGGCUGUAGCUACCAUUGACCACACUCAGGACAUGUGCACAGGAUUAUUUUAGGGAAUUGGAGGGUUUUAAUAAUAAUAAUGACUUUAUUAAGGACACAAAAUAGGUCCAUAGGUUUUAAUAACUUGAUGAGUUUACAUUAUACAAUAAGACACAAAUUACACAUAGUGAGAUCUUAAAGCCAGAUUCUGAUAUUGUUUUUAAAUUUGACUGUUUUAGGCAAAAAACCUAAAUAUGCCAGCUUUGAAACCACAUUUAGACAGUUAUGUAGGGAGAUACUCUUGACCUCAGUAUUUCUAAAAUCCUCACUAUGGCCCUGCCUCUAGACUUAUGACUACAAGUUUAAAUUCUAAAGGAAAUAUCAACAUGUGGAAUAUAUCUACAUACUUUUAAAAUACAAUAUUUAAUUUUCACAAUCUGUCAAAUAAAGCCUGUAUGUAGAAAGUAGCACAGAUAAGAAGUUUUCUUUUUCAGUGCAGACAUUGUUUAAAAUUCCUCCCCUUUGAAAAUCUAGGCCUGCACAUGAUACAUAUUAGAUGUGGAUUUUUUGGGAAAAGAAAGCAAAGGUAUGAGAUGACAGUACUGGAGUAUUAUGAGCGCACACGGUGCUAUCGGUGUUUUAAAUCAUUAUCAUCACUGGAGACCUGCAGCAAACCGUCAUAUUUUAAAUCAUACUUUGUGUAUAAACCCAUGUAUGGUUAAAGAGAAAACACUUCCACUCAUGUUUAUCAUCAUUUGAUUCCAUGUUAAAGAGAGGGGUGGGUGGAUUUUAGUUUUUAAGCAGGAGACUUGAUGCUAUGCUAUAAGUUGAUGUGCAAUGUUUGUGCUUUACACGGGUAGCGGCGAGAUGCUUUUAUUGACGACGGACUCUGGGAUGGACUGACAGUGUUUUUUUUCUGCCGUUUGAGCCAUGUCAUGAUGCUGUGACGUCAUGGUGGCACUGAUGAUGUCACACUAUCGUCACUCAAGUAUUAAUGAGGUCACAGUGACGACAACAACGAAUGCUGUUGGAUGUAGUUAUGAAGAAAACUUUUUGGUGAAUUUAAACAAUAAAGACAAAUUACAA